CGGCGCGUGCGCAGAGCGGGCGCGGCCUUGCGGCCAUGGCGCUCCGCGCGGGAGGCCCGGCGCUGGCGCUGCUGCGGGGCCGCCUGCGCCUCCCCGGCCGCGGCGCCCGCGGGCACGCCCGGCUCGGCCGCUCCGGCGCCGCCGCGCAGCCGGCUGCCGAGGAGCCGGCGGAAGAUGCUGAAGUCAGUACCAGAAAGAAGACAUUUGCUGAAGUCCAAACAGAACGACUGGAUGAAGCUGAACGAACUGUUUUAAUUAAGUGCCCAUCAAAACUUAAUGAAAAAAAAUUAUUGCAGUACUUAUCCAGUCAUGGGAAUGUUAAGAGUCAUUUCUUUUUUGAAAAUCGUGGCAUCAAUGCGUUAAUAGAGUUUGCAGAAAAGAGCAGCAUAGCCUCACUGCAGGAUGCUGUUGGGAUCCCAACUGCUUUAGAGCAUCACGUUGUCCCAUUUAAAUCAAGACUUUUUACUUUCACACUGAAAAAUCCAGUGAGUCAACAUGUUGAAGAGACACCACUCCAGCUCUCUCCUCAGUGUCACAUUCCAAUGAAAGACCUUAUUGAAAAGCUUUGUCUUGCAGACAGUAUAAGCAGUCAGAUGUACGUUCUGCUGAAUGAGUAUCAGCUUACAGAAGAGAACAUCAAGCUGCGAUUUCUGGCCUGUUCUUUGGUUCGGGAUUUUGCUUGUGCCUAUUUCCCAGACAGCACAGUAAAGCCAUUUGGCUCUUCAGUCAACACAUUUGGCAAAUUGGGAUCUGAUGUGGACAUGUUUUUGGACUUCCGUGACACAGGAAAGCAUGCGACAAAAAUGAAGAAAGGUCCCUUUGAAAUGGAGUAUCAGAUGAAAAGAUUACCAUCGGAAAGAUUAGCAACUCAGAGGAUUCUUUCUGUGAUUGGUGACUGCCUUGAUAAUUUUGGUCCUGGGUGUGCGAAUGUACAGAAGAUCCUCCAUGCCCGCUGCCCUCUGGUGAAAUUUUCCCAUCAGCCGACAGGAUUCCAGUGUGAUCUGUCAGUGAGCAACAGCAUUGCAACAAGAAGUUCAGAGCUCUUGUACAUCUACGGCUGUCUCGAUUCCCGUGUACGAGCGUUGGUGUUCACUAUUCGAUGCUGGGCCCGUGUUCAUGGCCUCACCAAUAGCGCUCCUGGAACCUGGAUCACAAACUUCUCCCUGACCAUGAUGGUCAUGUUUUUCCUGCAGAGGAGAUCCCCACCUAUCAUUCCAACACUAGACCAACUCAAAGAGCUGGCAGAUGAAAAAGACAAGCAUAUAAUUGGAGGAUAUGAUUGCUCAUUUGUUAGUGAUUUAAGAAAGAUUAAACCUACAAAAAAUACAGAAACACUUGAUGAACUGUUGGGCGAGUUUUUUGAAUAUUUUGGAAACUUUGAUUUCAGAAAGAAUUCCAUAAAUCUUCGAAAGGGAAAGGAAGUAAAUAAGCCUGAGUCGUCUCCUCUUUAUAUCUGGAAUCCCUUUGAACAAGACCUUAAUAUCAGCAAGAAUGUUAAUCAGCCACAGCUGGAGAAAUUUAUAGCUAUGGCCAGAGAAAGUGCCUGGAUUUUACAGAAGGAAGAUAAAACUCAACAAAUGAUCAAUAAAGAACCUUGGGGACUGGCAGCUCUACUGAUACCAUUUGGGAAAACUAAUUCCAGCAAGAUGAAGAAUAGGAUGAAAGGAAUAGGAAGUGAAACAAUCAGAAGCCUCUUGGACUCUUUAAAGUUAAAUAAUGCAAAGUCAACAAAAAGCAGUGGGAAAAUGACUUUAAGCACAGAAAUAGAGUAGCUAAUAUUCUGUUUUAGGAACUGAAUGAGACACGCAGUCCAAAGAACAUUACUUUUAAUAUUUCUAUUAGGGGGACUGGAGAAUCAAGCAAUCUCUGCUUUUCAUCGUGAUGAUUUUUGUACAGGUCUGCUUUCUUUCUGUACAUUUUCCUCCUCCUUACUCCUCACUUUUCCAUCUGUUUCAUGAAUGAAGAGUAUUCAAAUGUAAGUUUUACAGAUGCAUUUUGGAAGUAGCCUUCAGCUGGGCACUCUUCUGUAAAAAAGGCUGACAGGAGCAGUAUGGGAAAAAGCCUUUGGGAAUUCUCUUGGCUAGCAUACAAAAGAUAUGCUAAUUAAAAGCUCAAGAAACAAUCACCUUUCCAUGAAACCACAGUCUGAAAGAAGAUAAAUGUGUUGGAACCAUUGUUUCCGAAGCAGUCGUGUUUUGGAAGCCAGUAAAACCGAAGUGCAUGUAUCUAUUUUUGCAGUUGUUUUCCAUUCAUGUAGAUAGUGCCAAGAUAAAAUAAAGAGAAUGGAAUUAGAUAGUCAGGUGUGCAGUUUCAUAAAGCAUUGCUCCACCACAGCUCUCCAGGGAUAGUGCCACUGUUUGUGUUGGAAAAGUGGGUUUGCUCUUGUGUUUACCACCGAUUUCGAAUCUCUUUAGUUAACUCUCCUUUGUUUUCUCUACCCAGGACUGGUCUCCACCCACACUCGUUUCUUAUUUUGCCUUCAGCUUCACUUUAAACCUGUAUUUCAGGUUCAGGCAGGGGUUCUUGGAUGCCCUUCUUGCUUCAUCACUCUCCCCAAAGCUGCUGCCUACUAACUGACAUCAGAGCAUUCCUGGAGAGGGAUCUGUCCUAUGCAGAGAUCCAGAGAAUCGUGUUAUGCUGGAGUCCUGUUCCAGUCUUGCCUUGGUUUGCAGAUACUCAGUAGAGCAGCAAGGGGACCCCUUGCAGAUCAGUUGGGCCAGCAGAGUCAAUGCUUUUUAUUGACUUCAAACAUUGAGUUCUCUUUGCAUCUGCCACCAAAAGAAGUCUUUUCAGAAGAAGGGGGAGAGGGGAGGGAAGGAAGGAAAUGGGAAAUGGAGAGCAGGCAAAUAUCAAACUUUAAAAGUACAUUUGUGAGUAUUUCACCUGUCCUGUUUGAGAGCCACUCAUGCAUGGGGUGAAUGGACUGAAUGGUAGCACUGUUAGCAAUUCCACAGAGUGUUUUCUUUAUUCUUAACAGAAAUUCUCUAAAGGAAAUUACUGUAUUCAGAGAUAAUCAUGUAGAUGAAACAUCAAUUUUAUUAUUACUGUUUCAUUUUCAGUACUUCUAGAUUCUUUAAUGUUGCACUGGCAUACGAUGUUGUGUAGACUUUUUUCUAAUGGUGUGAUCUGAACAAUUUGUGUGUUUUCUCUUU